CUGCCCAAAACCUUUUGCUUUAAAGCUAAGGCAUCAAGUGUGGAGAAAGAUGUACAGCUCUCUAUCGAUCUAUACUUACAAAUCUAUCUCUAAUUUGUCCCUCUGGUAAAUCCUCCAUCUCUCUCUCUCUUUCAGUACACACAGACACACACACAACUAUAGUGUAUGUAUAUAUAGUAUGUAACAGAAACUAAAGAAGAGAAAAAGAGGAGAAAUUAAAUUAAAGCUAAGAUUGAGUGAAUGAAAGAGAUAGAUAUAGAAUAAUGCAAUUAAAAGAGUCCCUCUCAGAUGAAGUCUUUUUCGUUGCAGCUUGUAGGUAGGUAUAUAUGUAGGUAUGAUAUGAUGAAUAAUGAUGAAUGAUGAUAGGCAACCAAGUACCUGUGAGGCGAUUUGGAGCAAAUAGAAGAAGAAGAAGAAGAAGUUGAUAUUAAAUAAGCUGCGUAGAUAAUUGUAGUCGUCAUCAUCGAUCCCAGGCCACGUAAUUAUAGUAUAUAUAUUUAUAUAUAUAAUGUAUCCUUGUAGCAGCAGUAGUAGUACUAUAAACAUUUGCAAUUUCAUAUAUAACAACACCCCCAUUCCGACAUCUCCAAUGCAAUACGAGGAUGAGCAUGUUCUGUUGCAGCAUAUCCAUACUCUCCUUCUCCAGCAAGAAGCAGACAACUUCGCCGCCAUUACACCCGCCGCCGCCGCCGCCGCGGCGGAGAGCGGCAUCCUCAACAACAGCAACGACCUGCAGUACUUUGAGAAUUCCAGUAGUACGAUGAUGAUGACGAUGAAGAGUAACAGCGCUAGCAGCAACGUUGUUGUUGUUGGGAAGAAGAAGUGUUCGAAGAAAGACCGGCACAGCAAGAUCCACACGGCCCACGGGCCUCGGGACCGGAGGAUGAGGUUGUCGCUUGACGUGGCUCGCAAAUUCUUUGAUCUCCAAGACAUGUUGGGGUUCGAUAAGGCCAGCAAGACGGUGGAUUGGCUGCUCCUCAACUCCAGGUUAGCAAUCAAGGAUCUCAAGCAACAGAAUCACUGCGCCGCCGCCGCCGGAGGCGGCGGCGGCAGCGCUGCGUCUUCCACUUCAGAAUGCGAGGCCGCGUCGGGGGUUCUUGAUCAAGAAUUUGAGCCCCCAAUGGCCGCCCAUGGGAGCAAGGAAAAGAAGGGGACGGCGGCCAAACCAGCAGGCCGCGUUAGGGCCGCAUUCAAUCCCCUCGCUAAAGAAUCAAGGAACAAGGCCAGGGAGAGGGCGAGGGAGAGGACCAAGAUGAAGAACAACAACAACAUAAUGUUGGGAGAAACGCCGCCGCCGCGGCAGGAAAUGGGUGGCGCCACCCAUAACGUCGUCAAGACCACCAAUAAUGAACCUCCCUCCCACCAAGCCCUGCCUCCUAUGGCGGCGGAAGAACUCGCCACCUCGCACAUCCAUGAACACAACUGGAGCCUAUCCAACAUCUUCCCACCAGCUGCAACUUCUCACCAGCAGCAUCAAUUUGGGGAGUUCCCCUAUUCUGGAAAAUUUUGCUGGGAAGGCUACAACGAUGGGAAUCUAUGAGAACGAAGAAGCUAGCUAGGCUGUGUCUCAUCAAGAACAGUUGGUAAUUUAAUUAAUAAAAAUAAUUUCGUCUUCAAUUCGGACAUGCAUUUUCACUUAUUUAAAUUAACCCCUCUUCUUUUCUUUACUUAAGAAGAACAAGAAGAAGAAGAAGAGGGGCUGGUUUAGAUCCUUAAUUAGAUUUUGUUCUCCUCAUCCAUUGGAUUGUGCCUUGUUU